AUGUCAACUGUCUUCUCUGCAAUUGGAACCCUUUCCCCUCGAUUUUCUACCUCACCACGCUCGUUGUCUUCUCCACUUAAAUUUUCUCAUAUUUACCCUUUGAAGUUUCAUCGAAAUGGUUCGUAUCCAUUUCUCUCCAAAUCGAGGACGCAGCCCCUCAUUACCAACUCUUUACUAUCUGAAAAGUUUCCCAAGGUGGGUGCCCGAUCAACGGGGCCCAUUCCACCAUCUCAGCUAAUUGAAGUGGUUAAAACUGCUGCACAGACUGGUGCUCAGGUUGUGAUGGAAGCUGUUAGUAAGCCUCGGAAUAUUACAUAUAAAGGAUCAACUGACUUGGUGACUGAGACUGAUAAAAUGAGUGAAGCUGCUAUAUUAGAAGUGGUGAAAAAGAAUUUUGAAGAUCAUCUUAUUCUUGGGGAAGAAGGAGGAAUUAUAGGAGAUGCAACAUCUGAUUAUCUAUGGUGCAUUGAUCCUUUAGAUGGAACCACAAAUUUCGCACAUGGUUAUCCCAGCUUUGCUGUUUCUGUUGGAGUUUUAUAUCGAGGGAAUCCUGCUGCUGCUGCAGUGGUUGAGUUUGUUGGAGGUCCAAUGUGUUGGAAUACUCGCCUGUUCUCUGCAACUGCAGGUGGUGGAGCAUUCUGUAAUGGCCAAAGGAUUCAAGUGAGUGCAACUAAUCAGGUGGAACAAUCUCUUCUAGUGACAGGCUUUGGGUAUGAUCAUGAUGAUGCAUGGGCUACUAACAUCGACCUAUUCAAAGAAUUUACGGAUGUCAGCAGGGGUGUAAGGCGGCUAGGUGCAGCUGCCGUGGACAUGUGUCAUGUAGCAUUGGGAAUUGUUGAAGCAUAUUGGGAAUAUCGUCUAAAGCCAUGGGAUAUGGCUGCUGGUGUUUUGAUGGUUGAGGAAGCUGGUGGCGCAGUUUCCCGGAUGGAUGGAGGAAAAUUUUGUGUUUUUGAUAGAUCUGUUUUGGUUUCAAAUGGCGUGCUCCAUGCAAAGCUUCUGGACAGAAUUGGACCUGCAACAGAGAAAUUAAAAAGCAAGGGAAUUGAUUUCUCAUUAUGGUAUAAACCGGAGAACUACAGGGCAGACGUUUAA